AUGAUGCAAAAGGUAGUGACCUACAUGGUAGGCUUGGUGCUGGUGGCAGGCGUGGUCGCCCUGGUUUCAGGCGAUAUCAGUCACCAUGUAAAGAGUUCUCUGCACCACCCACUACAUCACCAUGCUGCUCCAAAACAUCAUGUAGCCCCUGUACACCUUGCUACCCCAGUGCACCAUGCUACACCUGUACACCAUGCUACUCCUGUACAUCAUGCUGCCCCUGUAUACCAUGCUGCCCCUGUACAUCAUGCUGCUCCUGUGCAUCACGGAAAAGGAUAUGCUCCUGCUUAUCCUGAUACGCCUGCACACUACGCCUAUGAGUACGCCGUCAACGACGACUACGCCGGCACCCACUUCGGCCACUCGGAGGCUCGCGACGGCUACAACACGGACGGCAAGUACUUCGUGCACCUCCCCGACGGCCGCGUCCAGACCGUCACUUACUACGCCGACGAGACUGGCUACCACCCCACCGUCUCCUACGAGGGGACGGCUCACUACGACGCCCACGCAGCCGUCCCUCACCACGCCCUUGCCAAGGCUUACCACGCCCCUGAACCAGCAUACCACGCCCCUGAGCCAGCAUAUCACGCACCAGUUGCGGAUACCACAAAAGUGACCUUCAUCGGUCAACGCAAGCGGCACGGCAGCUAUAUAAAAAGGGCGGCCCUUCUCAACCUCAACAUGAUGCAAAAGGUAGUGACUGUAGGCUUGGUGCUGGUGGCAGGCGUGGUCGCCCUCGUUUCAGGCGAUAUCAGUCACCAUGUUAAGAGUUCUGUGCAUCACCCACUACAUCACCUUGCGGCUCCACUACAUCAUGUAGCUCCUGUACACCAUGCUGCCCCAGUGCACCAUGCUACUCCUGUACAUCACGGAAAAGGAUAUGCCCCUGCUUAUCCUGAUACGCCUCCACACUACGCCUACGAGUAUGCUGUUAACGACGACUACGCCGGCACCCACUUCGGCCACUCGGAGGCUCGCGACGGCUACAACACGGAGGGCAAGUACUUCGUGCACCUCCCCGACGGCCGCGUCCAGACCGUCACUUACUACGCCGACGAGACUGGCUACCACCCCACCGUCUCCUACGAGGGGACGGCCCACUACGACGCCCACGCAGCCGUCCCUCACCACGCCCCUGUCAAAGCAUACCACGCCCCUAAACCAGCAUAUCACGCCCCUGAACCAGCAUAUCAUGCUCCAGUUUUACCCACCUAUCAUGUCUAA